GUUACAAAUUACACUUGCAAAAAACGUUUAUUUUUAUAUAAAAAUAUGAGGAGACUCGACACUUGAUUUGAUUUUUAACAACCGAUUUAAUCAUCGUAAUAAAGAAUAGAAUUAAUUAAAAAAAAUAAUUGCGAAGGAAUACUCGUAUGUGAAUUUCAAAGUUGAAUUAUUUUUUAAGGUUAACUCGAUAUCACGUAUGCGUAGCUGAAAAAAAGAAUAUUGCAUUUUUAAUAUAGUUAGAAAAAGAUUUCAAGGAUAAAUUAUAAUGUCAACGCUUAUAAAAAUAUUCAGUAAUAGUCUAGUUUCGCGUACACUUUUAAAACACAAUUUGGAUAUUGUAAAAGUACCGGUACGAGAAAAACAAAUUCAAAUACCUAAGAAACGUCAUCCAAGCUGGCUCCCGAAACAAAACCGUGUUUUGCAUAAUGAACAUAUUACUACAGAAAAUAAUGAAUUUGUUAAAGAAUUUAUACAAUCUAAAUAUGAUUCUCCGCUUAAUAUAAAACCAAUUGAACCAAUCACAAAUUGGAAGAAGGGACUUAGAAGAACAGGUUUAAUAGCCAAAAAAAUAGGUGUUUAUCCAAUAUGGUUACAAAAUGGGAAAAAAGUUAACUCUACGUUAUUGCAGAUCAUUGAUAAUCAAGUAAUAAAGUAUAUAGCACCAGAAGAUUUUUUCCCAGUAAAAUCCAAACGAACUAUAAUCAAAAACAGACUUGGAUCUCUUGUGGUAGGAGCAGAAAGUUCGGACCCACAAUUGUUUAGAAAAGAAUAUUGCAAGUUAUUCGAAGAUUCUGGAGUCAUGCCGAAACGUAUAAUAAUGAGAUUUAUGGUUUCGCCGGAAGCUGCGCUACAACCCGGUACACCUUUAUAUGCGUCUCAUUUUAAGCCAGGCGAGAUUAUUGAUAUACGUGCAAAAACGAUAGACCGUGGUUUUCAAGGAGUCAUGAAAAGAUGGGGUUUCAAAGGAAUGCCUGCUUCUCAUGGUGUAACUAAAACUCAUAGAAGACCAGGAAAUAUUGGUUGUGGUGGAAAAAUGGCUCGUGUAAUGCCAGGUACUAAACUACCUGGUCACAUGGGUAAUCGGUGGCGCACAAUUAGAGGCUAUAGGGUAAGAUUAAACAAAAACAUAUACAAUUAUAUGUAUAUACAUUAUUCAUUACUUCUUGUGAUAUUUCUGAAGGAAACAAUAUUAAUGUCAUAUAAUGUUGCUUUUCAGAUUUUACGAGUAAAUACAAAAUAUAAUGUAAUUUGGGUAAUGGGUCACAACAUACCUGGAGAAACAAAUACUUUUUGUUAUUUAUACGAUACGGUUCUACCCACUAGAAAGUUAAAAACUCCACCAUAUUUCCCAACUUAUUUACCCGAUUUAAACAAAAAACCAAUACCAGAGGAUUUAUAUGCAGAUGAUGUACAUCCAUUCAAAGCACCCACAAUUCAAUUUAGCGAAGAAUCAUAAAUGUAUUAUAAAGUAAUCAAAUAAAGAUAUAUAAUGUCAAAAUAAA